AACAUAUUAUUAAUUCAAACUUCUAUGGUUUGGCGGCUUUUGUCAAUGGGGGUUCCCCCACACUUUCUAAAAGUUGGGAGAAACAACUUGUUAUUGCAAACACUUUGGAGCACAAGAGCACUGAGCUUCGUAUCAGCAAGCAGGCGGAAUAUACUUGUCUUGAACUGCAGGAUUGUCAACUAAGAUUCUAGAAGACUCCACAAUGCGUGUCACCAUUGUUGUUCUACUGUUAGUCCAUUACGCCCUUUCAUUAAACAAUGGGCUGGUCCGCACCCCACCAAUGGGUUGGUUGGCUUGGGAGAGGUAUAGGUGCAACACCAACUGCGCUCAAUUUCCUGAUGAUUGUAUCGGAGAGAAGUUGUUUAUGAGGAUGGCUGACAGAUUAGUGUCCGAUGGUUGGCGAGACGUCGGGUACGAAUAUGUCAACAUAGAUGAUUGUUGGCCAUCGAGGGAACGCGACGCUAACGGAAGACUGGUCGGGAAUUCUACGAGAUUUCCGAGCGGGAUCAAAGCUUUGGCGGAUUAUGUUCAUUCAAAGGGAUUGAAACUUGGGAUUUACAGCGAUUGUGGCAAACUUACAUGCGGUGGUUAUAUUGCCUCCGGUGGUAACGAGAAGAUUGAUGCGGAAACGUUCGCAGCAUGGGGAGUUGAUAUGUUAAAGUAUGACGGUUGUUACAGCAAUGAAACAUCAAGGAAGGUUAACUACCCUCUGAUGGGGGCCGAGUUGAACAAGACGGGACGUCCCAUCGUGUACUCGUGUAGUUGGCCAGCUUACGAGGGGGGGCUUCCUCCAAAGGUCAACUACACUGAGUUGAAUGCGAUUUGUAACUUAUGGCGAAACUAUGGUGACAUCCAAGACUCAUGGGAUGAUGUGGUCGAUAUAAUGAACUGGUGGGGUGACAAUCAGGACGUGUUGAUACCAGCAGCAGGUCCUGGGGGGUGGAAUGAUCCAGAUAUGUUGAUUGGGGGAGAUUAUACACUGAGUCUCGAUCAAACUAAGACACAGUUUGGAAUGUGGGCAAUGUUGGCUGCUCCACUUUUCAUGUCGAAUGAUUUAAGUAAAUUGGAACCCGAUAUAAAGACGGUGUUGCAAAACCGUGAUGUCAUAGCUGUCAAUCAAGAUGUGCUUGGUGUCCAAGGAAGGCGGUUUAUUAAGCAAGAUUCAAUACAGGUAUUUUCGAAGCCAUUAGACAAAGGUGAAUUUGCGGUUGCUGCGUUUAGCACAAGAACCGAUGGAACGCCUCAUGCGAUAAAGUUUAGUCUGAACGAUUUAAAAAUAUCGGGCGCCAAGUUUUAUUCAUUAUUUGAUUUAUUCGAGUCGAAGCAUCUUGGCAAAUAUUCCACAGCAGAAGAAUUGGAUAUCUAUGUUGACCCGAAUGGAAUCUCUAUGUUUCGUGCUUCACCGAUUUCAGUUGAAAACAUCUUUGUUGAAGAAGUUUUUGAAAUAAAUGAAAAUUUCUAGUAUUUUUGGAAAACGUUAAAAAAUUAUGCAAAAAAAAUGAAUUUGAUUUUUUUGUGAUUUCUUAAUGUUCAUAAAUAUGUGCAGUAAAAAAGGACAUUUUUCUAUAUAAAUUAAUAUUUUGUAAAUUAAAUAUUUUGUAUAAAGUAUUAUUUCAAGUGAAAUAUAGCUUUUAGACAAUUAUAUUACAGUAACAUUUGCCUUAUUUUACAACUGUGUCAUUGACUAUACACUUAAAUAUGAUUAUUUACUAAAUUUUACAUUCUGUAUAAUCACAUAUGUUUUGUGCAAUUUCCAAUAUUGUAAGUCGUAUCUAUUACCAAUAAAUCAUUCUCAUUACAA